AUGUGUCAGUACACCCAAACCACCAAUUCCAACCAUUGCAUUAACACCACACCACUCGUUUCAAUUAAUCUCUCCAUUCAUAACAAUAACUCCACCCAAAUUAUUACUCCCAUUCCAUUACCGUUAAGCCCUUUCAUUUUCACAUUAAUUCCGAAUUUAAUAAACCCUACACAAGCAAAACACAAACACGCUCCGCUCGCUGCUUUCUCUUCCUAUCUCUCUCGUUCGCCCAGAGAAACAAUGGCACCAACACUCUCUCACCUCAUUGCUUCUGUUCUGCUUUUUCAUUUUGUUCUUCUCACGGUUAAGGGUUCCAAUAACCCAGAUUUUGACGCUCUCGUUGCCUUCAAAACCGCUUCAGACACUUCCCGAAGACUCACAACAUGGAACACUAGCAGUACCAGCCCCUGUUCCUGGAGUGGUGUGUCAUGCAUUCGCGACCGAGUCUCGCGACUCGUUCUCGAAAACCUCGACCUUCAAGGCUCCAUUCACCCCUUGACUUCUCUAACUCAGCUCCGAGUUCUCAGUCUCAAAGGAAACCGUUUCUCCGGUCCCGUUCCCAACCUCUCCAACCUUACCGCUCUCAAACUCCUCUUCUUGUCACGCAACUCCUUCUCCGGCGAGUUUCCGGCGACUUUCACGUCGCUCUUUCGCCUCUACCGUCUUGAUCUGUCCAACAACAACUUCUCCGGCGAGAUUCCGGAUACGGUCUCCCACUUGACCCACCUACUAACUCUCCGCCUCGACGGGAACAAGUUCUCCGGUGACAUUCCCGACGUCAACCUCCCCAACCUCCAAGAAUUCAACGUCUCCGGUAACCGCCUCUCCGGCGAGAUACCUAAAGCAUUAUCAAGCUUUCCCGAAUCAUCGUUCGGGCAAAACCCGUUUCUCUGCGGUGUCCCAGUUAAAAAAUGCGCAUCCGACCCGGGCAAACCUGGAUCCGAGGGCGCCAUUGCUUCACCGUUGUUACCACAUAACAAUAACAACCCUACAACUACCGUAUCAUCGUCACCUAGUUCAAUGCCAAAAACGUCAACACCAACGUCAAGCAGUAAGAGCCACGAGAAGAGUGCUUCUAAAAUAAGCCCGGUGGCGCUUAUAGCUAUUAUAGUAGGUGAUGUUUUGGUUCUUGCAAUAGUUUCAUUGCUUUUGUAUUGUUACUUCUGGAGAAACUACAAGUUAAAGGAGGGGAAAGGGUCAAAGCUUUUCGAGAGUGAGAAGAUUGUGUAUUCGUCGAGUCCGUACCCUGCUCAGGGAGGGUACGAGAGGGGUCGAAUGGUGUUCUUUGAGGGUGAGAAAAGGUUUGAACUUGAGGACUUGCUGCGAGCCUCUGCUGAAAUGCUUGGAAAGGGAGGGUUUGGGACCGCGUACAAAGCUGUGCUAGAUGAUGGGAACGUGGUUGCGGUAAAAAGACUGAAGGACGCGCAGAUUACAGGGAAGAGGGAGUUCGAGCAACACAUGGAGGUGUUGGGAAGGUUAAGGCAUCCCAAUGUUGUUAGUUUGAGAGCUUACUAUUUUGCGCGCGAGGAGAAGUUGCUGGUCUAUGAUUACAUGCCCAAUGCCACCUUGUUCUGGCUCCUUCACGGUACUCUAACCUGCCUACGACAUUUCAUUUCAUUUCAUUAUAUUGCAUUGAACCUUCACGACUGUUUCUGUUUGUUUGUCAUAGGCCACAUGGAUGAAAUAAAACAAAGUUUUCAUUUUCUUUUGUUCUUUAGUUGCCCUCAGUUCAAUGGUGGAUUAUCUGCUUUGAAAUUAAUUUUCUUCGCACUAGGACCAUACCCACGGCGUAUGGUUACCCUCCCAUGUAGGUUAGAUGUAGUUGGUUGGGGUGUCCAUUUACGAGGCUCCUUCAAAUUUUAA